AUGUGUGUGGGCAUCAGCGCGGCGGGGACUCCGCCGCCCCCGGGCCGCACUUGUGGUUGCUGUUCAGGUCGAGGCGGGGGCUACGCCCUCGGCUCGAGCUGGGGGGGUCCCGGCCUCGAGGGGAACUCGGGGCGGAUGGGGCUGGCGAGCGAGGCGGCGCCGCAGGGCCUGAGGGGCGAAGUCCCCCUGCACGGCGACGGGCACUCGCAGCCGCUGAGGUGCGCGCCGCUGCCGGACCGUACUGAUGCUGUCUCCUCCUGGGGCGGCGUCGGUGCGUCCACAUCAUUCUGCAACGAUCCAACGCGCUCAGCUGAGGCGCCGCCCGCUACAACACCAGGCCGGAGAGGGGCGGGGGAGGGCGGGGAACGGGGGGGAUGGACGAAGGGGGGGGGGGGGGGCACCGUUACUCAAUCGCCUUCAACCGUGUCGCCUUACGAAUCCAGAUUGACUAUCCCUUUACGCUUUACGGUUAUGAAUUUCUUAAUAUACCGAAGAAAG